AUGGCGAAAUCCCGACGAGAGAAAAAAGUGUCUCUUACCAGAACUACCAAGAAGGGCCGUGGAGCAAAAGAGAAUCUGUUUCAACAAAUUCGAGAUUGUUUGGAAAAGCACCAUGACGUUUACGUCCUAUCUGUGCAUAACAUGCGAGCCAACGUACUAAAAGACGUACGAGCCCAACUACCUGAAAGCAGACUGUUUUUUGGAAGGAAUAAAGUCAUGGCUAAAGCUUUGGGAACUACCGAAGCUGAAGAGUAUCGAGUUGGUUUGAGACAUGUGGCUGAGAACUUGGUGGGACAAGUUGGUUUACUCUUUACAUCUGAGAAACCUGAACGUAUAAAGGAAUUCUUUGAUUCAUUUUCGGAAAUCGCUUAUGCCAGAUCUGGGGCUCUUGCUGUGAACACUGUCACUGUGCCAGCUGGAACACUUACUCUUCCUCAUUCUGAAGCCAAGAUCCCACACUCUCUCGAACCCCAAUUCCGCAAACUAGGUCUCCCAACAGCAAUGGUAAACGGCCUAGUCACUCUGACCCAAGAAUACCGAAUCUGCGAAGGUGGCAAACCAUUAACUCCCGAAGCAGCUCAAUUAUUAAAGCAUUUGCAAAUACCUAUGGCCGAAUUUCGUGUCACCUUGUUGGCUAGAUGGAAUGAUGGUGCGUUUGAACAAAUGGUUUCUCUUGAUGAGGCUAUGGCUGAACCUGUAGAAGAAGAAGGGGCUGCUGCCGAAGGUGAUGAAGAGAUAGAAGAGGAGGAGGAAGUUGAAGAAUAG